AUGUCUUCGGAGCAAGAUCACACGGCCAAUAGAGUCGUCCUGGAACUGCCGACGUUGUCUAUGCCCCCCUGCAUUCAGAAGGUGGUAGGCAAACGAUCGCCUCUCACGGACGAUCUGGAAGAAUUCCGAGGCAUCCCUUACGGCAAGGUGACCAAAAGAUGGGAGCACGCCAGCCUUCGCUAUCGCCUGCCGCUCGACGUUUUGGACGCGACCAAGGAUGGACCGAUAUGUCCCCAGCCCAAGACUGCGAGACACAGCGAAUAUUAUCAGUCGUAUCUUGAAUUUCCUGACCUUGACCAAUCUGAAUUCGACUGUUUGAAUCUUCUCAUUAUCCGCCCAAGUCCAGCGGCCCUCUCACGUGCGGGAAUCGACCCAUCAUCAAAAUUGCCUGUCUUGGUUUACAUCCACGGCGGUGCCGGGACCGGCGCCGGCAGCGAUCCCGUUCACGAUCCUUCCCGGCUUGUGCUCCGGUCUCUAGAAAUCGGGACCCCUAUCAUCGCCGUCAACCUGAACUUCAGGAUUGGAGUCUUCGGAUUGCUUGGCUCAACUGACAUCCUCAAGGCUCAGGAUCAGACCAAUACCAACAAAGGCCUUAACUUCGGGCUACAUGACCAAAAGGUUGGUUUGCUAUGGGUCGCGCGGAACAUCACGCACUUCGGUGGCGACCCGGAGCGAAUCGCCGUGCUCGGGGGCUCGACUGGAGGGAGCGCCCUAUACGCACACAUCCUCGAUGCCGACGCAUCUGAUGACUUACCUCUGUUUCAGAAAGCUAUCUUAAAAUCCCCUCCCAUGCUGACCAUAUUACCGUCACCACUCGCCGAGGCGGACGCUAAUUGGGACAAGCUGUGUCGACACUGGAGCGUCAACGCCGACAGCAGCAGUGAGGAUAAAGUGGAGGCGCUACGCCGUGUACCAGUAGAGAAGAUGCUACAGUCUUUACAGGUGGCGCAGGUACCUUUGCUUCCGCCUAUUGCCGAUGGGAUUACCAUGACUCUGGAGACUGCCUCUUUCCCGCUGCAUCAUUCUGGUCUGCCGCGAGGCUCAGGCCAAGAAGGUCUGCGUGAUCGACAACCUAUUGAAGUUCUCUUCGGGACUACAGAGAUGGAGUCUGCGGGACACGCCCAAGGUGGCGUCGACCUAGAAAAGGUGCGUCAGGGGUUUACAGCCAGCUAUCCAACGACCCAAGCAGCUAUCCAGAUUCUUGAUGCCUACGGUAUCACCGACAGCUCCGACCAGAAGGCAUUGCAAGAAGCGUUGGAGCGUUUUCAUUCCGACGCAGUCUUUGACCUUGGCAUCUUCCGCGCACGAAACCGGUUACGUACGCAGCGCCGCAGAGAGUAUGGAGAUACAGCGAGCAUCCAGUCAUACCAUGUGGAGUAUGGUAACCCGUUCCUCGGCGCCAGGCAAGGGUUAUCUCAUCAUGCCGUCGAUGGAAUCUACAUGUUCGACGCGUUCCAUGACGCCCUUGCCGAUGCAGACAACGGUAUUUUUAGAUCCUACGCUGAAUCCCGCGCGGACUCGGCGCACCCUUCAAAGUCUGCCACAGAAUCCCCGGCGGAAAAACCGACAGCUAGUUCGCGUGAUGCGGCGUUUAGCCAUCUCGAGCUAGCCCAGAAGUUUCAGGAAUACAUUAUUGGCUUCAUUCUUGGAAUGGACACCCAAAAGGUCGCCGAGGACGAGGUAUUAGUCUGGAAUAAGACUGGUUCGGUAAGAGUGGAGAGAUGGGCUGAGUCAUCGAAGUGGAAGGAAAGAAUGAACCGGUUGAGGUUGCUGGAACAAGACACAGCUUCGAUUUUAAGAACUCUCGCCACCAUUUAG